GUUUCUGGUGCUUCACUGAGUGUGUACAUUGUAGGUAGUUUAUAUAGGCAUCGUAAUGAACACAAUAGGCAACCGCCAUGCACAGGAUAGAUCGUUACAUCUAUUACGUCUCCUCCAAGCCUCAAACCCACGCCCACUCCAUCACCUCGUCACCUCAUCAUCCCAAAUGCUCCCCUAUUGGACGUUUUUCUUGAUACUCGGAGCUGUUGUGCUCGUCGCCUCUCCCCCGGGGGGAGCGUCAAUAUCACUGACAGGAACGAUAAUAUUCAAAAUCGUCAAUUUCAUAUUUGUACUCGCUGAAUAUCUACUGCAAACUUGUCACUGUCGUCAUUCAGCACGCAUACUUCGCAGCGUCGCCAAACUCUUCACGCCCGAAGAAGAGAGGAAAAAUAUGAUUGUGGCGGGUGCCUACAGACGCUGUCUCUGAGGAGCAUGAUUUGAUCAUUCAGCGUACGAUUUACUUGACAGAGAUGAGGGAUAUUUUAUGCAGAUGAGCUGCAGAUGGAAUCCUCUUUCCUGAAGAAUCCCAAAGCCUUGAGGCCAUCGAACAGGCAUGCAAAGACCUCGAUGCCCGAUGGAAACGAUAUUGGGAGCAGGCCACAACCGCGCGUAAAGAAAACCCGUUGAAUGCGUUCGCAACCGAAUACGUGGCUGGGUAUGAAGAAGGUGAUAAGUGGCAGGAUGAAGUUGGGGAAUGCAGAGCCCGUGGUGGUUGCUGCAGUC